AUUAAUUAUCUUGUGAAAAUUCCUGUAUUUUUUCAUAUCGCAAUAUAUAUUGGUUGACAAGACCAAGAUGGCGGCGCAUGUACAUCGCAAGGCUCAGUGUCUCUCCAGUUUUUGCAUUUAUGCAGUGUUUUUCUUGCUCAUCUCAGGUCUGUUCGUGCAGAACAGCUGUGCCUUAACUUUGUACACCCGGCAUGAGUUCUUGGGUAUUGGUUUGUGCAUUCCUGGCAGUUUUAUCGGCAAUCUUCGUCCCUGAGAUCGCCAGAACACCCGAUGCUGCGCACCCUACAUGGCUGGGCGGAAGUGCUCGCAAGUGGUGUCGUAAACAAAGGCGGGGGAAGCUGGACGACACACACUCCGGCCGAUAGGAUGGCAGAUGAAUCUGAUGAACCAGUGCUUUACAUUCAGCAAGGACGAAGAGCGGGAUAGAGAGCAUCUUGGGGAGUUGGUGCUUGGUUUCCUGAACAGGGAGUUGCAGCCUUCCUGUCAGCUAGCCUGUCUAGAAACAGUUCGAAUCCUGUCCAGAGACAAACAUUGCCUGGAUCCCUUCAUCAGCCACUCUGCCAUGUCUACUUUCAGCCGCUACGCUGGCAUCGCAGUGGCCAGUACUGCCACACCUGCCUACAGCCAGACGGUGGAGGGCCGAGUGGAGGGUGAGGGAGGAGAGGGGGAAAAGGCAGCAGAAGUAUCCAUUGAGGUGGUGAAGGAAGCCUCCCCUUCUUCAGAAAACCCUGACCAGGAAGUGAUUGUUGAGGCUCUCAAGUCCAUCUGUAACAUCCUGCUACACAACGAGACAGGACAGGUGGUAGCAGCAGAUCUGCAGCUGAUAAUGGGUGUGGCAGAGAGGCUGAAGCAGUGUCAUGAUCCCACCUGGAACCAUGAGGUGCGUUUCUUUGACCUGCGCCUCACCUUCCUGUUGACAGCCCUGAGAAUGGACAUCAGGGCACAGUUGGCUCAGGAGCUUCACGGCAUCAGUCUGCUAGGCAACCAGUUGGAUGCCACACUGGCUCUGUGUUGGCCAGAUACAUUGGAGACGGCCAGGAUAGGGUUAGAGGGGGUCCCACCUGAAGAACUGCUCCCACUGAGCCGGCAGCAGACAGAACUAGCCAUGGAAAUACUGAAAAUACUGUUCAAUAUCACAUUUAAUGCAACCAGGCGCAAAGUUGAUGAGGAAGAGGCAGCACAGUACAGACAUUUGGGAGCCAUACUGAGACACUGUCUAAUGAGCCAUGCAGAUGGAGAGGAGCGGACUGAGGAGUUCCACAGCCAUACUGUUAACUUGCUAGGUAACCUCCCUCUGCCCUGUUUGGAUGUACUGUUGAUGCCCAAGGUGCAACAAGGAUCCUGUGAGUACAUGGGGGUCAACAUGGAUGCUGUCAACAUGCUGCUGGAAUUCAUGGAGAAAAGACUUGACCGGGGACAUAAGCUGAAGGAGACCCUUCUCCCAUCACUGAACUUGCUGACUGAGAGUGCCCGCAUCCACAGAGAGACCAGGAAGUUCCUCAGGUCAAAGGUGCUGCCCCCACUGCGUGAUGUGAAGAACAGGCCAGAGGUGGGCAGUGCUCUGAGGAACAAACUAGUCCGUCUUAUGACACACAUUGACACUGAUGUCAAGGACUGUGCUGCCGAAUUCCUCUUUGUUCUAUGCAAAGAAAGUGUUUCAAGGUUCAUCAAGUACACUGGAUACGGUAAUGCUGCAGGUCUGCUGGCUGCCAGAGGACUGCUUAGGGGGGGCAGAGACUCUGGGAUCUACUCUGAAGAUGAAGACUCUGAGACAGAGGAGUACAGAGAGGCCAAGGCCCAUAUAAACCCAAUUACAGGAGUUGUAGAAGAGGAGCAGCCCAAUCCCAUGGAGGGAAUGACAGAGGAGCAGAAAGAAUAUGAAGUCAUGAAGCUGGUCGACAUGUUUGACAAACUGUCAAGGACCAAUGUGAUCCAGCCUAUGCAGCUCGGUAUGGACGGGAAGAUGAGAGAGAUGACUCCAGAGGAUCUGCAUAAACUGGACCACAAUCCUUUAUUCCAGCCAGAAGAGCCAGCUAAUUCAGACAGUGAAGAUGAGGCUUAGUAAACUCAGAAGCAUAAAGACAGAAACAGAUACUCCUGUGACAAUUUACAGGAGGCAGUUUAAAGGACCAUAUCACUGGUUAUAUAUGUGCUAUUCACCAAAUCACAAUCAGUGUUUUAUUGCUGACCAUUUUCCAAAGCGUACCAUUAGUUUGUAGAUUUGUUUGUUUCCUCACAGACAUUUGUUUCAGUUCAUUUCAGUUUACACUAUGAAAACCAAUGUGCAGAAGGGCACUAUGGAGCACUAUAACAACACCAGAGAGAGUAAAGGUAUACAUUAAAACAGAUAUUUGCACUGAAAAAAAAAUUGUUUCACCAUCAAAUCUACACAAAGAAGAACAUUUCCAGGGAGGUUGGCUAUGUAAUUGUUCAUUAAAGCAUGGUUUCAUGUAGGCUUGGAAGGUCGACAUGUGACAUUGUUCCUCAGUCAACUCAAAUAAGCAACAAGAGGCUCUUUCUUUUGACUGACAGCUAAUGUUUACUUUCAUAUGCUCAGGGGACAGCACAUGUCAAAAAGCGGUGAUGGACAUUCUUGACUCAAAAGCUAGCCUUGGGUCCCCUAGACCUGAACCUCAUAUGCUUCACAAAGAUGGUGUGUGUUUGGUUUGUAUGGUUCAGGGUAAUUUAUUUCCUUCAUUACUAGCAUGUUUAAAAGGACUAACAAAUGAUCAAACAGUCACUGUGUGAAAUUAUAUCAUGCAGUUUGCAAAACACAAACUACAAACAACAACUAGCUGAGGUCACCCAGCACCUCCUACCUGAGACCCAAAACACUAACAACAUGUUAACCCAGAUAGUCUGGAUUUGAUUCUUCACCUUUGAGACUUCUGCCACCACCUCAAAGCACAAAGGUGAAUUAAAUUUGGUUUGUAAUCCUUAAAGCUUUGAAAAUUACAUUUGAAAAACUCAACAGUAUCAUGUCAUUCCAGAAACAACAUCCCACUUACUGUUACUCAGGAUAAUGUACAGACCUCACUGUCAACAGUUUGCAUUGAGAACUGUCUACAGCAGAAAACAGUUCUGUGUUCACAGUGGAAACUAGUCUCUGUCUCUAUUUGAAGUUUAACUUUGUAGGAACAUUUUACAGAAUGUUGGAACUCUUCAUGAUGAGAUGAAGACGUGUGUCAUUUCUACUUUUCCUGAGAGCUGAGGAAAAUGUAUGAAAGCUAUCCAAAGAGCUGUUCUUCAGACUGUGAUGAUGGAAUCAACUGUAUUUUUGAAGAAAAUAAACUAAUGAAUUUUA